AUGCUUUUGAGCUGGACACCAUCCAGUAUCCUAUUCUGGGUCGUGUCUGCAGGGUGUCUGGUCCUUUGCUGGCUCGCCAAGUCGAUCAUAUAUGAGCUCUACUUCUCGCCGCUAAGCCGAUUCCCAGGCCCGCGGUCCUGGAUCGUUUCCCGCAUUCCACUGCAGCUGUCUGUCUUGCGAGGCUACAACCAUCUAGAUAUCACCGCCUUACAUGAUCGUUAUGGCCCAGUGGUACGCAUCGGCCCUACGGAACUGGCUUUCAACACUGCGCGGGCUUUCAGAGAUAUAUACGGCGAUCGGCCUGGUGGGUGUUUCCCCAAGGACCGAAGCCACUACGUUCCACCGGCGAAUGGGGUCGAUAAUCUCGUAUGCGCGAUAGAUCACGGUGUCCAUGCUCGGCAGCGACGACUCUUGGCCCAUGCGUUCUCGGAUCGCGCCCUCCGGGACCAGGAGGGAUUGAUUACGGGGUACGUGGAUACUUUGAUUAGCAAGUUGCGGGAUGAGGUGGGUGACAACAUCAAUUCGCUGGUUGAUAUCAAGGAAUGGAUGAACUUUACAACCUUUGAUAUUACUGGCGAUUUGAUGUUUGGUGAAUCCUUCGGUUGUCUCAAGGAUAGCCAGUUGCACCCGUGGAUCCAGUUGAUAUUUAGCUCCAUCAAAGCUAUCUCCAUCACUGGCGUCGUGCAACAGUUCUCUCUCUUGAAAAUUAUGCUUGCGGCCCUGAUUCCAGCCGAGGUUAAGCGCAAAGCAAGAGCACACUUCGAUCUGAGCGCGAUGAAGGUCGAUCGUCGCUUGGAUGCUAGUACCUCCCGACCGGAUUUUAUGUCGGCUAUCUUGCAGAAUGGACUAAGUGAGGACAAGGGGCAGUAUAAAGAUGGCGAAAAGAUUAUGAGUCGGGCCGAGAUUCAUGCCAAUGCGUUCAUCCAUGCAACAACUCAUCGCCGAGAUUCGAUCCGCCUUCGCCAAAGACACAGACAUCACCUUCCGUACCGCCGCCGGCUAACAUACCUGGGCGCCGUGAUCGAGGAAUCCCUCCGCAUGUACCCACCCUUCGUGACAAGCCUUUCCCGCAUCGUUCCCGCAGGCGGAUCAACGGUCGACAGCCAGUACAUACCGGAAGGGACAACGGUCGCAUGCCACCACUACGCAUCUUACCACUCCGCGUCGAACUUCACAUUCCCGCACGACUUCCUUCCCGAGCGCUGGCUUGACGAGACCGGACGCUUCGCGGAGGAUAAGAAGGAUGUGUUGCAGCCAUUUAGUCUGGGGCCACGGAACUGCCUUGGAAAAAAGUAA